GGCAGGGAGCCGGGCCUCCCCCCCCCGCCGCCUCCCAGUCCCCGGGCUCCUUCACUUCUCGUCCCGCCGGCGCGGCGAGCGGCGCGGAUCGGGGCGCGGGCCCGGCCGGGCUCCGGCAGCGGGGAGUAAAAAAUGGCAUUUCAGAAGGCAGUGAAAGGAACUGCUCUCAUUGGAGGAGGUGCCAUAGCAACAGUUUUUGGCCUCUCUCAAUUUUCUCAGUAUAGAAACAAACACGGUGCCUUUGUGCAUGUUCAGGCUGCAGAAGCUGUGACUGUUCCAAUAAAGAGCCAUUUCCCCACGAGAGAACAACAGAUUUUGGCUCUGCAAACCACAGGUGAAUUUGAUGUCCUUGUUAUAGGCGGAGGAGCAACAGGAUGUGGCUGUGCUUUAGACGCAGUCACUAGAGGACUAAAAACAGCCCUUCUAGAAAGAGAUGAUUUCUCAUCAGGGACCAGCAGCAGGAGUACUAAAUUGAUCCAUGGUGGAGUGAGAUAUCUUCAGAAGGCCAUCAUGAAGUUGGAUUUUGAGCAGUACAGGAUGGUGAAAGAAGCACUUGAGGAGCGUGCAAACCUGCUUGAGAUUGCUCCUCACCUAUCGGCUCCUUUGCCAAUAAUGCUCCCUGUUUACAAGUGGUGGCAGCUGCCAUACUACUGGUUUGGAAUAAAACUAUACGACCUCGUGGCAGGAAGUCAGUGUCUGAAAAGUAGUUAUGUCCUUAGCAAGUCGAGAGCCUUGGAGCUCUUUCCAAUGCUACGCAAAGACGAGCUUGUUGGGGCUAUUGUCUACUAUGACGGACAGCACAACGACGCGCGGAUGAACCUCGCCAUCGCCCUCACCGCCGCCAGGUACGGCGCUGCCACCGCCAAUUACGCUGAAGUGCUGCGCUUGCUGAAGACGACGGAGGCGGCCAGCGGGAAGGAGCGCGUCUGCGGGGUGCGCUGCAGGGACGUCCUCACAGGGCAGGAAUUUGAUGUCAAAGCCAAAUGUGUUAUCAAUGCUACGGGACCUUUCACAGACUCUGUGCGCAAAAUGGAUGAUCAGGAAGUACCAAACAUCUGUCAGCCAAGUGCAGGCGUGCAUAUUGUGAUGCCUGGUUAUUACAGCCCUGAUAACAUGGGUCUGCUUGACCCGGCCACCAGUGAUGGUAGAGUGAUUUUCUUCCUGCCCUGGGAGAAGAUGACUAUUGCAGGGACCACAGACAGCCCGACUGAUGUUACGUCCCAUCCGAUACCAACAGAAGAAGAUAUAAACUUCAUUUUGAAUGAAGUGCGCAACUACCUUAGCGUUGAUGUUGAAGUGAGAAGAGGAGACGUGUUGGCAGCGUGGAGUGGCAUUCGUCCUCUGGUCACAGACCCCAACUCCAAAGACACACAGUCGAUAUCCCGGAAUCAUGUCGUUACCAUUAGCGAUAGUGGCCUUGUCACGAUAGCAGGGGGGAAGUGGACAACCUACCGUGCCAUGGCGCAGGACACCAUUGAUGCAGCUGUUCAGGCCCAUGGUCUGAAGGCAGGUUCCAGUAAAACCGUUGGACUGCAGCUAGAGGGGGCUGAGGACUGGAGUCCCACUCUCUACAUUAGGUUGGUCCAAGACUAUGGGCUUGAAAGUGAGGUGGCCCAGCACCUCGCUUCGACAUACGGCGACAAGGCUUUUGAGGUGGCCAAAAUAGCCCAAGUCACAGGAAAGAGAUGGCCUAUUGUUGGAAAACGUCUUGUAUCUGAAUUUCCUUAUAUUGAAGCUGAGGUUGUCUACGGCAUUAAGGAGUAUGCCCGCACAGCAGUGGAUAUGAUUUCCCGACGUACUCGCUUGGCCUUUCUGAAUGUGCAGGCUGCAGAGGAAGCCCUGCCAAGAAUCGUAGAUAUAAUGGGGAAAGAACUCAACUGGAGCGAGCAGAAAAAAAAGGAAGAACUUGAAGCUGCUAAAAAAUUUCUCUAUUAUGAAAUGGGCUACAAAGUAAAAUCAGAUCAAUUAACAGACAGUUCUGAAAUCAGCCUAUUGCCUUCAGAUAUUGAAAGGUACAAGAAGCGAUUCCACAUGUUUGACAAGGACAAGAAAGGGUUUAUUACUAUACUGGAUGUGCAGCGUGUCUUGGAGAGCAUCAGUGUGCAAAUUGCUGAAAAUACACUUCAUGAAAUUCUAAACGAAGUGGAUCUCAACAAAAAUGGACAGGUUGAGCUCAAUGAGUUUUUGCAGCUCAUGAGCGCCAUCCAGAAGGGCCACGUGUCCGGGAGCCGGCUGGCCGUGCUCAUGAAGACCGCCGAGGAGAACCUGCGGCAGAGGGUGGUGAUUCCGGUGGACCGGAGCGGCGGCGGGCUCUGAGCUCCGCCUCGCCGGGACGCCUCGCCGCCUCUCUGCUGAAAAACAUUCCGGCGCUUCUCACGGCCCUGCUUCUGCCAGGUCACCAGUCCCUCUCCAUCGCUGUAGCUCUUGCAGAAAUACAUUGGUGCCGCUUGUUUUCGUCAUUAGCCGUUUUCUGUACAGCUCCCGACGCUCCAGGGUGCGGCCUUUGGGAUUGGGUGUUCUCUAGACACGGGGGUUCGUUAACAGGAGUUCAGGGAUACAGUCUGGAAAGAUUUGGGGGCGCGUGCUGCCUCGCCCGGUAACUUUCUCAUCACCUUCACCGAAAACGAUGCUCAGAAAGUGAAUCCUGCCUUUAAAUGCACAUCCUCCUCGGCGCUGGGCUGGGCACAUCCUCCUCGGCGCUGGGCUGUGCACAUCAUCAUCUGCCUUAGGUAUUUAAAGCUGCUGAUCUGUCCUCUUCGGCAGAGAGCAAGAGGGGGGAAAGCUGAUGUUCUGGCCGGGGGAUGGUUCCCCAAAAGGAGCAAAACUGAGACUUGUUAGGGCGGGGGCCUGGCAGGAGCCGCCCGCGGCGGGGUGGGUCUGCUCUGUUUUUGCAGCGGUACCAGUUCAUGGCCAGACAGAAAUACCAGCAGUAAGAUGCUGAAAAACUACAAGACAUCUGAUUAAUCACCCAAGCUAAUAAUUUAUUUAAAAGCUAGGGGACAGCUUUCCUUUCUCCCAUAUUAAUAAAAAUAAGCUUCCUUUAAUAAAUAGCAUUGUCUAGCAGGCGGUGGCUCACGCUGCCGAGUGCUUCGUCCCGUUUCCAGUUUUGGCCAACCCCUGGUGAUGUGUAGGAUGUGGCAGGUUUUGACGGAGUAACAGCCUCGUUUAUUUAAAAGUGCUCAAACACAAAGUGAAACAAUGAAAUUUGGUUUGCAUUCCACUACCUUUUCUAUAAAAAUGAAAGGGCUAUUUUUCAACAGAUUAAUGGGAAAAAAAAAAAAAAAAAUUAGGACCACUUGAGCUGUUUUCAACAACGUUGUAUCUGGCUAUUUGCCUCUGUUGUUAGAUUGACUAGGUUCAAGAUCAGCUGGAAGAUUUCUGCUUCAUGUAGAACAAGCAAUGGAGUAAGAGUGGUUUAUUGAUGAAUUUGUCAUUCUGUUCUAUUCUUUGAGUAUAAAUACCAGUUUACAACUCAAAACAAGCUUCAGUUCCAAGGUGUCAUAAUUUCUACUUGUGUAAAAUCUGAUGUAUUUUAACUGAUGUCACCACUUUCACUAAUGGAAAAUAAUAGUACAGGGAUGAACAGGAAAGAUUACUUUGAUAUUUUAAAAGGGAAAAUGAUUACAUACACAAAAUGGAGAUGCAGAGGAGUGUUACUGUGUAGCACAGCAAGUACAGAUGUUGUGUUUGGCUGGAGAGGCAGAGUCCUUAAAGAAAUAACAAUAAAAAUUCAGGUGGUUAGAAAUAAUAGAUUUAAAAAAGAAAAAAAAAAAAAAAAAAAAAAGGCAAGCCUCACUUAAAAUUCAGUAAGUGGUUAUAUUUCUGUCAGUCCAAACAGUUGGUAAAAUCUGGAGAGAGGGAGAUGGUCUCGGUUAAAAUGCCUUUCAGAUGGUUUUUGCAUGUUAAAUUUUUUUUUGAUGCUGCCUUGUACCAAACUGCAGAUAUUGUUACAGGGUUAUGGCUUUUUUGCUUUGAGUCCUGUGCUAGUGAGGCACAGGCUGUGUGAAUGAGGAGUUAGCACACAUUGGACAGUGUAAGAUUUUUUUUUUUUUUUUUUUUUUUUUUUUAAUGAACAAAGGGGUUUGUUUCUGUGGGCCUGUAAACUUUUCUUUUUGAAACAUGUUCCAGUAUAUUCGGGUGAAGUAUACAAUGUUUGACGCAGCUUUGUAUUUCCAAAACUCUCUUUGAAUACGAACACAAUCACAGAUUUUACAUAUACUGCACAAUUGGAGGGAAAUGAACGUACAAUAUACAGGUUAUUGUGGUUCAGGGAGCAGGUAAGGCGGGAAGGGGUUUAGGAUUCUACUAUUAACAAUAAUUUAAGAGAGGGGGUGGGGGUAAAAGUAAUGAGACCUUUGCCAGGCCACAUAAAGAAAAAUAUUUACAAUAUUUAACAUCUUUUGUAUGGUUUAAAAGAAAAAUUCUCCUCCGCUCCUCUAGAAAUGGCACUGUUGAGAAUUAAUAAUACAAGUUUACUUGUAAAGCCAGGAUUUUCUGCUUUGUACCCAAAGUAUACUCUUUGUUCGCUUGUUUUAGUAAUAUUGCAUACAGAAUGUGACUUUGGGAUUUUCUUGGCUAUAUGUGUGUCCUCUGAUACGAAUUUGCUUUGCAUCUUAGGCACUUUACUGUCAUGCUUCUCUGCUCCUUUGUAUGGCACAGCAAGAUCUUGUAUGACUGCCUUGUGUAACACGAGAAGAUUGCAUGUGUUACUCGAAACAGCUAAAUCUAUACAUGGAAAAAAAUCUAGGAAGUAUUUAUUUUUCACCUCACAUUUGUUUUCAGGAAUGUUGGUUUGGUUUGGUUUGGGUUUUUUCAUGUGAAUGUACUGUAGAAAGAGUUGUAAAAUGUUACUGUCCUGCAUUGUUCUGAUCCUAGGUGGAAAAACAGUAAUGUGAUUUUUUUUUUUUUUUUUUUUUUUCCCCCUCUUUUUUUGAGGUGGGAGUUGGAUUUCUGGAUUUGGGGGGGGGGGGUGGAUUUAUUUUGUGUUUUAAAUAAAGCGCACGCCUAGAGGGGAGGGGACGGGUUAUACAUGCAGUGUGUUUAUAUAUGUGUGUAUAAAUAGGUGGGUAUAUAUGUACACGCACACACUGCCUGCUUUACAUGUGGCACUUACUGUUUUGGUAGGUUACUGUUCUAGUCUGAACUGUUAAAUACUGUGUUUGAGGCUGGGUUGUCAUUUUUAUAACUGUCUUGGUGUUUUACUGCCAUUAUUUAUUACUUUUGAUAUACAGAAUGAGCUGCAUGCAUUUAUAGAGCAAUAAGAGGAUGUAUUUAAUGUGCCUUGUUUUUAACUCAGUAAGAACUGAAAGCAUGAAUCAAUAAAACUGAUUAAAAAUGG